AUGGCAGUUCCAGUAGCUGCAUUACAGCUGAGCGCCUCAGCCAGCCCGAGUCUGCUGGAGCACAACAUCCACAUCAGCGACAUAGAUUUGGGGAGGAUUUCAAGUGACAAUGAAAACAACACUCUGCCUUUACAUUCUCCGUGGACCUUCUGGCUUGAUAGAUCUCUACCGGGAACAACAGCAGCUGAAUGUGAGUCCAACCUGAAGAAGAUCUACACCGUGGACACCGUCCAGAACUUUUGGAGAGUAUACAACAACAUACCCGGCGUCUCCAGCUUGCCAUUAAGAUGUAGCUAUCAUCUGAUGAGAGGAGAAAGAAAACCGCUCUGGGAAGAAGAAAGCAAUGCUAAAGGGGGAGUUUGGAAGAUGAAAGUACCCAAAGAAUGCACUUCGGCUGUGUGGAAGGAGUUGCUGUUGGCUACUAUUGGAGAGCAGUUCAGUGACUAUUGUGCCUCAGAUGAUGAAGUCGUCGGCGUCAGCGUCAGCGUCAGAGACAGAGAAGACGUGUUUCAGGUGUGGAACGGAAACGCUUCGUGUGCCAACGAGUCGAACAUCGUGGGAAGGAUCAACGAGCUCCUUCCACAAAUACCUUUCAAAGCGGUGUUUUACAAGCCACACGAGGAGCACCACGCUUUUGAGGGAGGUCGAAGACAUUAGCACAUUGGUACGCCUUCAGAACCCUCGAUAUCUACACGUUUUAUUGCUUGCGAACGUGUUUUGGAUAAUAUUUGAAGCAAAUUAGUGCGUAGUUGCUUACUAAAUGAUCGUAUUUACCUCAAAAUGUAGCACAUUGUGAUUUUUCAGUCGACGGAAUUCCUCAUCUUAAGAGCACUGCUGUCAUUCAUAGUAAUAUCCAACGUUUUCUUUUGUCCACGGCAAACACAUUAGUUCGUUCGAUUUUUAUUUGUGGCAGUGCUUGUGUGUUUUAAUACUUCAAUGUUUUUUUCAAAUCCUUAACCAAAACAACAGAUCAUGUGCAAGUACAUGCCAGAUUUUGUAUCAUAGCAUUUGGCGCCAUUUCCUGAGCAAAGACAAAGCUAGGUCUUUGCUUAAAAUCUAAGAAGAAAGCAAAUAUUUACCUGAUCAAUACAAUUCAAGGCUUUUCUAAUGAGCAGUUGUCUCUGUUUUGUUGUGUUACAGCCAAAAUACGGUUGCCUAACGUAAAUAGUUAGUAUGCUGUAAUGCUAAUUAAUAUAAAAGCAGAAAGUUGCACAUUCUUUUUUUAUUUAUCUUUUUUUAGGAUAUGAGCGAAUUGUAAAAGGAAUAUGUGACAAUAAGAUGACCUCAGUACGCAAAUCAACAAGAGUAGACGCUGAGAAAUAUAUGCAAUAAUUUCUAUUCUGUAGGAUUUGCAGUGUUGUAGUUGUUGUUGUGUUCUAUAGCCUCUGCUCCAAAUCAAGCACUUUUGUUUCUUACUGUGUGUGAACUGUGAUAAUUGAGACCAAAUCCACUUUGGUUUUGUGUCAUGUUUCCUGGUGAAUUAUAAAGCUGCUUUUUUUUCUUUUUCAAAUAGUAACUUGAGAUGCGUAGGUAACAUAUGUGAUGUAAUAUGUUUUUUUCCUCGUUUUUUUGUUAUAUAUUCAUCUAACCUGUGUUUAACUUGGAUGUGCAAAGCCUACCCUUUCUUUCGAUAAAACUGGUCUCAGUAAACAGAGAAGGAAGCCAGAAAAAAAGUAUGUGCCACAAAUCUCAGUUUCCUUGAGGGAUUGCUCGGGGGCCUAUUUCAGUGAAUUUGUACACAUGGUUUGAUGCAACCAUUGAAGCAGGGUCACAUCUGAUUUACUAUUGCUGCACCAAAACCAUUUGUGUCUCACAAAUCCCUAGCUUUAAAAAAUGUUUUCUGUGGUCAUGUUAACUGCUGUAUUUGUAUCACUGAAAAACAUAAUCAUAUGAGACAUGUUGAAAUUUAGGAUAAUCAAACGUUUCCCCUGAGUUUGACAUACUGUAUUAAAGGGAGUGAGAUUGACUGGUCUGAAUAGAGCAUGGCAAUUUAUUUUGAGUACUAGUACUACUAUACUUACACCGUUGAAGGGGUGCUACAUCUCGUUUGCAUGCUAAGCUAUACUUGCAGCUAUGGGGUACGCAUUGAAACCCACAGAAAGACUGCUGCUAUGAUUUCUCAAUCAAAUCAAAUGUGAAAGUGUUUUUGAUGCUGGUGUCUUGGCUUUGAGUCGCUAAUUAAGAAUGUUCACUGGAGGAGUUCGUUUUUCAGACCAUGCACCUUUGCCAAAUGUUCUCUUUAUUCUGCUGUAGUUUAUGUAAUAUAAGCACAUAUUGUAGGAUAAGGGAGUACUGUACCCUUGCACAUAUACAGUUUAUCAGCCACUUCAGAUUUCAGACCAUGUCACUGAUUGUUGAUCUUGGAUGGUGCCUUUGUGUUUACCAGCAGUUCAGAAUGUUGCCUGUGUUCAGCAUGUUGAAAUUGUAUAUAGUCAUGAUUCUGUUAGUUUUACACGUGUUUGAAAAAUAAAUGUGAAAAAUAAAGAUUCCCGAACUAC